GGAGCGUUCGGCAAAAUCCAUUUCCAUGUCGCGCCCGUCGCGUUCGUCGCUGUCGGCCUCGACGCCGGACUCACUCAGCGAUAACGAAAGCGGUAUCGGAACUCCGGGACGCUUCCAGACGCCAGGCCGCAAAACUUCAGUGCCAGCUAGUCGACCGCAAAUGACGCCCGGUGGCUCGAGGGCCAACUCGCGACCCAGUUCGCGGCCGGCCAGCCGUACCGGGUCGAAACCACCGUCACGCCACGGUUCGACCCUAUCGCUCGACAGCACCGACGAUGGGACCCCGUCGCGCAUUCCAACCCGCCGCCUAACGCAAACGUCCACCCCGCGACCAUCGCGGCUGUCGGUGGGAUCCGUCUCCGGGCGUCCCGCGACCACAACGGGCACGAACGGGGUCUCGUCCAGGACGGCUUCUGGGGCUGCGUCACCCGCGCCCACGAGGAACGGUGGCAUGAGUCGUUCAUCCAGCAUACCGACACUAAUAGGACUACCAAAUAGCAGGAAAACCAGCGGUGCCUCUACGCCCUCCGGGAUGCAGACACCGCGCCGACCAUCGGUGGACCCCGGUACGCCCGGUAGCACGACGACGACCACCACCACCCGUCCGGAUCGCAACUCGCGCGGUUCGACACCGAGUGAAAAGCGUGCCCCAUUCCGACUAUAAGCUGCUGCUCUGGGGAACCGGAAAGGAGGAGCGAUUCGAGUCAGCAUGUAAGAUACCAAGACACACACACACAGACACCGCCAGUGAUAAAUCGGUUGCCGGAAAAUCAGUUUCGCUAUCCACGUCCGUCACGACGCAAAAACACGAUAUCGACGACAACGACGACGACGAACCCCGCUCUUGUUUCAGGCUCGAGGAAUCGAGCACAAAUCGAACACGAAUCCGGACACUUAUCGGCCAACCAGAGCCGCAGCCGUGUGCGUGCGGUUGCAGAGUGAACUGUAGGAACUAAGUCAGAAGAAGACCCGGUCGCCUCCCGAGACAGGUUGAUGGCCCGGAAUGAAAAAUUGUCAGGUGACGGAGGGGCCGUUUAGGGGUUUAGUUUGUUAGUUUUGCUUUGGCGCCUUUUUCUCUCUAUCUCUCUCUAUUACAAGGCCCAGGGCAGGCGCCAAUUCGUUGGCGGCCGUUUAGGUAGGGCGUAGGGCAAUUUGUUUUCUUCGAACACAACUAAUCACCGUUACUAAAGCUUAUUAGUACGCGUUUGUUACCCUGUUUCGAAGCGUGUAGGACAUUAUUAACGAUUAGGGCGAAGCGUUUGAAUAAGAAUUAAGUCCCGAAUUUGGGGAUGCAAUUGCUAAACUUACAAGCUGUUUUUUCCACGAGUUUGCUUAUACGCAAGAGGUCUCAACACACACACACGCAGUCUUGGAGGGCGCCGGGGGCUGUGAGAAAUCGCCAGUUUUAACACGCGCACGCGCAUCCUCCAGGAUUCGGUCCCGGACCGCUCAACUCACCAGCAACACUAGGAACGGAGAGGAGGGAGGCGCCAAGGUGAAACGGACGACCGUUUGUUUUGUCCGACGGGGGGCGGGUCAACUCCCGUCGUCGGAUGUGGGGAGCGAAAGUUAAUUUUAUUUGACUUAUCGUUAAUUAACUUCCUUUUUUAUGUUGAAUUUUUAUCUAACUUUUUGAUUUAAAAUCCCCCGAGAGUAGAGAGGAGAGAAGAUAUUUUGCUUCGAAGCGUGGCGUUACGGAUAUUUAUUGUAAACUUUUCUUUCGUUUUUUUUUAUUGGUUUUGAACCCAAAAAAUGAAGUAACAAUUUUCGGGUGUGCAGAUCGAAGAAGACAGAAGAAGCAGGCACCACUGGAGUCCUGCUGGUUUGUGGUGUGGACCGGGUGUGCAGACGGCCAGCCGUGUUCCGUUGUGCGGAAAAGAUCGCCAGCUUUUCUGCGCGAAAGCCGUGGUCGGUUCGGAAGCAGCCCGUGUCCGCUGAA